UUCGUAUCGUGUAGCUAAUUAAAUAUGUAGAAUGCUGCUGCCUAGUAUUGAUCGCAACACAAAAACGAAACAGUCACCAGUGCCAAAUUCUUUUGACGUUGAAUUAGUCUUAGGGAGUUUUUGAUUGAUUUAGCAAAUUGUUUUCCUAAACAAGCAACGUACUUUGUAGAAGAAUGGAAGCUGCAUCAACAGCAUGUGAUGGCUGCGAAAAGGAUGAAAAGGUAGAAUCAUUUUGCGUUAAUUGUGAGCAACUUUAUUGCCUUGAGUGCACCGGUUAUCAUAUGAAAUGUAAAGCGACACGUUCCCACGUCUUAUUAGAUGCAUCACAUCUUGACAAAGAUAUAUCCCACGCUUCUACUGAUGUCCAGUGUGGCAAUGAAUGCGGGGAGCAGGGAGUAAUUCUUUGUCUAGACUGUAAACAGUUACUUUGUGACAACUGUACACAGAAACAUGCAAGACUUAAAGCAACCAAAGAGCAUAAUGCAAUAACCGCGAAACAACUCGCGAGAGACGAAACAGCAUCUUUAACUUCCUUUGGUGCUUACUCUGAAAGAACUUCUAUAGUUUCGCGUCCAAAGGAACUGGUGCAUGCGCAGGUUCAAGUUGAGAAAGGUCCGUACUCGGGUAUGUUUGCACAUGAGUUCAUGAGUUCCGCUCCAGGAGACAAAGAAGUAACAAGAGUUCGUGGAAUAGUAAUUCUUUCCGAUGGCAGAAUUAUUGUUGCCGAUUAUAAAAAUCGGAGUUUGAAAUUAUAUAGCAGUGAAUUGAAAUUUGAAAUGGCAAAGGAUAUAAAAGAGGAUCCAAGAGGCAUGGCUGCUUCUGCUAACGAUUUUGUAGUAGUCACUAUUGCUGAUAAAAAGGAAAUAAAAAUAUAUAAGGUCGAACAUAAUAAGAUACGUACUCACAAAACGAUUAAAGUGAAAGAAAAACCUUACAGUAUUGGUUAUAAUAAAGACCACUUUGCUGUCGAACACGGCGAGGGAGAAGACGGAACAAUUCGUAUUUAUGAUCAAAACAUUAGAGAAAUGUGUGUCAUACCGGGUAAUACCAGACACUUUGGACAAUUCACUGGCAAUACAAUACGCCUUGCCUUAGAUUAUACAAAACAGGUCAUAUUUGUAGUCGAUAUAGUAAAAGACUCCGUUCACUGUGUCGAUUUUAAAGGAGGGCUGAUCUGGACAGUGAAAGUGGGAAGUCCUAGAGGAAUUGUGUUCCACAACAAUAUUCUUUUUGUUGCCAGCAGUGCCGAACACAAGAUAAUCCAGAUGAAUGCUGUCGAUGGAUUAGUUUACUCUAUGUUAGACGAAGACAAUAGAAUUAAGCGUCCUCGUUACAUUGCCUACAAUCCCGAUUUGAGGAAACUGGCUGUUGAAAUCGAUGGCAACCAUAUUAAGCUUUAUAACAUUACAAAAUGUGACAAAUGAAAUGUGAAAGUCUUUACAAUAUUUUGAAGUACGAGUUAACUGUCUUCAUCUAUUGAAAGCUCUUAAAUAGCUGCUUAGCUUGCCACCAACUACAUCAUGACAAAACUGUUUAUAAUACUCAAAGAUACCAGAAUUAUAAUAUUAGUAUGCACGACGCACAAUUUGUCUUAUUAAGAGUCAAUUGUCUUGAAAUGAUAAUGCUGGAAGGCAAAAUCAAUAACGAAGUUAGAGAGCAUUGAAUACAUAAAAGUACAGAGUUCAUUAUGUCAUUUAUAAGUCUUAAAAAACAUACAAGCAUGUCGUAUAUCUUGAACUAUUUUACUUUUUACUGUUUGAGUAUAAUUCAUCUUAUAUAUUUGUGUUAAGGUAUUUAACAUUAUUUUCAAACUUUUAA